AUGCCGGCGGCAAAAACGGGAUUCAAUCGGGUGCUAGACGAUUUGGCACGUCGUCAAUUGCAUCUCGAUUUUGAAUUUGGUACCGCUGCCGAAAAAUACGAACCAGUUCGGAGCAUUGGAGCGGGAGCGUUCGGAAUCGUUUGCGAAGCCGAAGAAACAACCAGCGAUGGUGGUAUCACAAAGGUUGCCAUAAAGAAGAUUGGGCACGCGUCAGCAACACCAACUCUGGCACGUCGUACAUUGCGUGAAAUUCGUGUACUACGCCAUGUACACCAUGAUAACAUCGUGUCAAUGAGAGAUAUUUUUCGUACGAGAGGACCAUUAGGCAUCAAUGUUUAUUUGGUGAUGGAUCUCAUGGAAUACAGUCUUCAUCAGGUCAUUCACGGCUGUUCAAAUGAACUCGACGACUACUUGAUCAGAAGAUUCCUAUAUCAAUUGUUGAUGGGACUUCGGUACCUCCACACGGCCGGCAUCGCUCAUCGUGAUCUGAAACCGUUAAACCUGUUGGUGAACAGCGACUGCACCUUACGUAUCGCCGAUUUUGGUAUGGCAAAACUCGCCAUGAGGGAUCAGAUCGAUGAGGCUGAUGAGCACUGCUUCUACAUGACACAACACGUUGCCACUCUACCGUACAGAGCCCCGGAACUACUGUACGUGAUGCCAGAGCACUCGACGGCAGUGGACAUGUGGGCUGUUGGAUGUAUAUUCGCCGAGAUGAUCCUGAGACGUGAACUGUUCCCGGGCCGCAGUGUUUCCGGUCAAAUCAAAAUCAUACUCACAAUGCUUGGCGCUCCAUCCCAAAAAAUUCUGGACGAGAUACGUUGUGAACGUACGCGACGACUCAUUGAGAACUUCGGCGACCACGCCCAACGACCAUGGCCAGAAAUUAUGUAUUGCAGGGAACGCGAGAACAGUCUGAUGCAGGUGUCGGACGAGAUGAUCGAUCUGAUUUCGAAGCUUAUCGUUGUCGAUGUUGAAGAUCGAAUUGAUGUACAAGGCGCUCUCAAUCACUCAUACAUUACGCAAAGUAUCAGUGCCGAUGAGCUGCGUGCGCAGAAAACUUGCCCGUUCAAGGUGAAAAUGGAUAUGGCAGCCGUUGAGACGCUUACACAUCAGGAAUUAACCCAAGCGUUAAAUAGGGAUGUACGAUCAGCGGACUGCUCCAUCUAUGCAGUACAUUCUGGAGGUUCCGAAGGUUCGAAAAACUCGACCGAAUGUUCGAGUGCCGAAUCAGAAGAGGGAAGUGGGACUCGAAGCGAAUUUGGUGGCAUGAGCCCAAUCAUGACUGCACUAUAA